AUGGGGGACCUCCCGGCACCACGAGUUACUCCAGGCCGGCCGUUUCUGCAUACCGGCGUAGACUACGCCGGACCGAUUUGGAUGCGAACAGCAGGGGGCCGCGGACUCAAGGCGACAAAAGGUUUUAUUGUUGUCUUUAUUUGUUUAGCUUCCCGAGCAGUCCACCUCGACGCGGCCUCGGACUACACCGCUGACGCCUUCCUUGCCGCCUUGCGUCGGUUCGUCGCCAGGCGAGGAGUCUGCCACUCGCUAUAUAGCGACUGCGGCACCAACUUCGUGGGUGCCGAUAAGCAGCUUAGGCAACUAUUCUCCGCCGCCAGUGCCGACGGACAUCGCAUCGCAACCUUCGCCGCCCAGGAAAGAAUCCGGUGGCGGUUCAACCCGCCAGCUGCACCUAACUUCGGCGGUUUAUGGGAAGCUGCCGUGAAAGCGAUGAAGCACCACCUUCGGCGAGUCAUCGGUGACGCCACCCUCACCUACGAGGAGAUGACUACUCUCCUAGCCCAAAUUGAGGCCUGCCUCAAUUCCAGACCGCUGCAGCCGUUGUCUGACGAUCCGGAGGAUGUAGCCGCACUGACACCUGGUCACUUCCUGGUCGGCUCCGCUCUCUCGGCGAUCCCCGAACCGUCGCUCGAACGAGAGCCGUCGGCACGUCUCUCACGGUGGCAGCUCCUGCAAAACAUGAAGGACCAUUUCUGGUCUCGGUGGGUCAGCGAAUACUUACACACGCUGGCCCAUCGGCCGAAAUGGUCCCGAAUUAAUCAGGAGGCUCGCGUCGGUCGAAUCUGCCUCGUGCGAAACGAAAUAACACCACCAACACGGUGGCCGCUUGCGCGCAUUACACGACUGCAUCCAGGUUCCGACGGUAACGUUCGCGUAGUCGACGUCCGCACCUCGACCACAAAUUUGACGCGUCCGUGA